AUGCAGAACAGAUUUCGAUUCAUCUACAAGAAGAUGGUAGACAAAAAAAUGACAAGUGGCUUCAAAGUUGAAGAGGAGUAUGUUCACAUUUUUUAAAAACGUUUGUAUUGUAGUGAGCCUCGCAGUGAGAAUGAGGCUGGCCAUGCAAAUACAAAGCUAUUUUCAAUCUCUUGGACAUGACGAAGGUUUAUUGGCUGUAAUUUUUUCAUUGAUCUGUGGCGAUUGUUGGCUCAAGUCUGAAUUGGUAUGGAUGAAAUAACGUAUUUUUUAGUCCUCAAGGCUGUGCUCAAAGAAACUUUGAAGGGAGUCCAUUGCCAUGAACCUGUGAAAUCCAGAGUGCCCAUAGAAACCUGAAAUUUUCUAGUCACUCAGGAGCAAAAGUUAGUUGCCAGGGGUGACUAUGCACUACCAGAACACAGCCUUGGGUGUUUUCACCUUAAUUAUCUUACAACAAUAAUUGUACAGUUAAUAUUAUAGUUUAAAUAAUUAUUUUUAUAUGAUAUAUCUUUCAGCAAAAACAUCAAUUAACUUUAAAAGUUGUUCAUAAAAUUGGAAAUAGUCAACUGUAAAAUGUCAUAGAUAGGCUUCAGUUAGAAUUGACUUGUUACAUAAAGUAGGUCUUGUUUUAACUGAGAAUAGUUUACUGAGCCUUCACUUUGAAAUUAACAUACUGUUUUUGUCACAGUCCCCAGUCAGAGGUGAACCAGGACAUCUUGUCUAAAAUAAAAGAAGUUCUAAAAAAGGAACACGGAGGAGAAAAUUGCCCAUGGACUGAUCUGCAAAUGGAA